AUGAUUGUUUCUUUAGCAUCUGCUCUACUAUUGAUAUCUCCUGCCUUUGCUUGGUCUCCUACUGACUCAUAUGCCCCAGGAUCCUUGUCGUGUCCUGCCAAUGUUUCUUUGGUUAGAGAAGCUUCCGGCUUGUCGACUAACGAGUCGGAUUGGUUGACCAAACGUCAUGCAAACACUGACCAAGCUUUGAAAGACUUCUUGACUUACAAUAUCUCUCUUACGGAUUUCGAUGUGGAUACAUUUUUCAACUCUCUCAACAAAUCAAUCAAUGUCGGUUUGGCGUUCAGCGGCGGUGGGUACCGUGCCAUGACUUGUGGUGCUGGGCAAUUGGCCGCUUUAGAUAAUAGAACCACAAAUGCUUUUGAAAAUGGUCUUGGUGGGUUAUUACAAGCUGCCACCUACCUUGCAGGUUUGUCCGGUGGUAAUUGGUUAACAGGUACUAUUUCUUUCAACAAUUUUACCUCUGUCGAGGAUAUCCUUAAUAACGGGAGUAUUUGGGAUUUAUCGCAUGCAAUUUAUAAUCCAGGCGGAGUCAAUCUUUUUAAAACCGCCUCCGUUUUUGAUAGUAUGGCUGAUGAUAUUGAAGCCAAAGAAGAUGCUGGAUUCAAUACCUCCAUCACCGAUAUUUGGGCUCGGGCUUUAUCUCAUCAGUUUUUCGAUGAUCCUUUGUACGGUGCAGCCUUGACAUUCUCCACUUUGAGAGACGCCCCGGUUUUCCAGAACGGAGAAAUGCCAUUCCCAAUCAGUGUUAGUGAUGGUCGUUAUCCACAAACCAAGAUCAUCAGCUCUAACUCGACCGUGUUUGAAUUCAACCCAUUUGAAAUGGGGUCAUGGGAUCCAUACUUGAACGCUUUCACUGACAUCAAGUACUUGGGGACUAAUGUCACCAAUGGUCAAUCCAACAUCACUGGUCAAUGUAUUGGUGGGUUUGAUAAUGCUGGAUUCAUUAUGGGAACCUCUUCUUCGUUGUUCAACCAAUUUUUAUUACAAUUAAACUCCACCGGGUUAUCCGGAACACUCUAUACUCUUGCCGAAAAGAUUUUGAGCAGCAUUGAUCUGAGUGACAAUGAUAUUGCUGACUACACCCCAAACCCAUUCUAUAAGACCACUCACGGUUCUUCCAACUCUCUUUCUGAUUCCGAACACUUGUAUUUGGUUGACGGUGGUGAAGAUCUUCAAAACAUCCCAUUGGCUCCACUUAUCGAACCAAAGCGUGAAUUGGAUGUUAUCUUUGCCUUUGAUAAUAGUGCUGAUACCGACCAAUAUUGGCCGAACGGUACUUCAAUGGUUUACACUUACCAGCGUCAAUUUACCGAUGCUAAUGGUUCGGCAUUUCCUUAUGUUCCAGACAUGCAUACUUUCCGUGCCGCCAACAUGACCGCCAAACCAGCGUUCUUUGGAUGUGAUGCUUCCAACUUGACUGACCUUUCCAGUAUCCCUCCAUUGGUGGUUUACGUUGCCAACCGUCCAUUCUCUUACUGGUCCAACACCAGUACUUUCAAGAUGUCUUAUGAAGAGGACGAAAAGAGAGGUAUGAUCACCAAUGGGUUCGAAGUCGCCAGUCGUUUGAACCGUACUUUAGACAGUACUUGGAAAGAAUGUGUGGCCUGUGCCAUCAUUAGAAGAUCCCAAGAAAGAUUGAAUCAAGCUCAAACUGCUCAAUGUCAAGCUUGUUUCGAAGAGUACUGCUGGAAUGGAGACUAUGUCGAAACUGAUGUUGGGAUUAAUUUCACUAAUAAUGGUACUACCAAUGGAGACGAAGAAAAUUACAACGCCACUAGCGGAGCCGGCAGUUUGUACGGUAAGAGUGAACUUAAUAUGAAAUGGGUGGCAGUUUUCGGGUUAGUGGUUGUCGGCUUGUUGAUUUGA